CUUACAUUUUUUUUAAUUGUCAAAUAUUAAAGGUAAGGUUGUGUAAACGUAGUGAAGACAUCAUGUCUGACUGUGAAACUAUCCGGAGACCACAAGCCACACUAGAAGAUGUAAGAAAAAUUCUUUUGACCCAGUAUUCGUUAACUGCGAUACAAGUACAGGAACUGGCAUCCUACAAUUGCAGAAACUUUCAUGUAAAAGCAGUCGACGGCAUCACACCUACGUCUGGAAAAACACACGACUUAGACACUGCAGCGUUCCACGGAGAGCCUGAAACUUCUGCAACUUUAGAGAAACUAACAAAUGCAGGGACAGCCAAAGAGACCGAAGAAUAUAUCUUAAAGAUUUUGAACAAUCAUCUAAGCUCACCUGAGAUUCUCGAGAAAGUACGACAACAAAUGAAAUGUGCGAAGCAUCUGCGAAGCGAGGGGUUUCAAUGCCCAGCUGUGAUCAACACUAAGCAUGGAGACAUUUUUGCCCUGUGUGGCGUCGAUGGAGAUGAAGAGAACAAUUGUCAUGCCAUACUGUUGAAGUACAUCCCAGGACAACAGCUGGGAAAAAAUACCAGUCUUGUAACGCCAGAGGUUCUUGUUGAACUUGGAAUUUUCCUGGCAAAACUCCAUGAGUCUCUAAAGACAUCUGAGACCAAAGAACUAGAAGUUUGUGAUGAGGAUCUGUGGGCAUUGGAAAAUAUGCAUCUGCUGAAAGUCUAUUUACCUUAUGUACAGAAUGAAAGAAAGAGAGUGGUCCUGUUGGACAUUUUGGAUAAAUUUGAGGCUGUCAGAAAUUCUGAGAAAUUCGGUUGUCAAGCCAAAGGCAUCAUUCAUGGAGAUUUCCAUGACUACAAUAUAAUUAUUGAUGAAGCUUCUAAUGCCACCAGAGACUUAUCAGAGACAUCCAGGACUGUAACAUUAGCAUUCACACAAAAUCUUCAAUCACCAAGUUCAUCAGUUCAAUCAUUUAUUAAAUCAGUUGUUGAAAAGUAUGGUAUCAUUGACUUUGAAGACAUGCGUAACUCUUACCCAGCCCUAGAGCUCUGUCGCUUGAUUGCUGACCUGAUGUCAGAUUGCCCUCACAUCGAGAUGCAAUCCAUUGGAGGACAUGUUAUUGCUGGCUACUUGCUUAUCAAUGCAGAGCCAGUUAGACAGUUCUCCUUUUUCUAUGAAACUAUUUUAGCAAGCCUUGCCCAAUAUGUUGUUUUAAGUGCAUAUGAGUACCAAGCGCAGGAAGGGGAAAAUGAUUACCUUUUGCUGGGAUCAAGUGAAGCUUGGCAUGUAAUACAGCAAUUGAAAAAUGUGGAAGCAAAAUCACUGUAUGGAAUAUGGAACAGCAUUCUUAGUUCAUAUGGUAUUAAAGAUCCCCUUAAGAUCUAAGGAUUGCAGGGAUGUGUUCUUUUUGACCUGUAAAACAAUUGUUGAAGUUUUGAAACAGUCCAAUUUAUGCUGUGCACUUGCAAAUUUACAUUUUUGCAUUGAAUAAACAAAUGUGUCACUUUUUGUGUAUGUUUAUGCAAAAUCAAAUGCAAAAAUGUUUCAUGGAUAUUAUACUUUGCAAUUAAAUAGUUUUCAAAGUUUAAUGGAUUGUAUUCUCAAUGUAGAAAAAUAUCAACAUUCAGUCAUUUUAGACGUUGAAAAUGAUGAUAAUAGCAACUAGGUCAUUUACACUCUCCAGAAAAAAAAAAUUCAUGGGGUUUCAUUGAAAGCUGUCCAUUCACAGAUUAAGAGAAAAACUUCUUGUGAGGAACAAUCAAAUGUUAACAGUCUUACAGGACACACCCACUUCCAGCUGCUUCAUUGAUUGUAAGGCAUCCAUGCUGCUCAGUGACAUAAGUUGAGAUCUUUUCCAUCUGUUGAUGUUUUAAGACUUAUAAUUGAUGAAUGGAAUUUAGUUAUUCAAUUAUAAUUGGAGAAUGAACCAAACUGAUACAGAAAUGUUGGUGGAUAAAAAGGUGAAAAUAUGUUACAAAAUUAUAAUCCACCACCAUUGGAUCUUUCUUGACAAUAAAUAUUCAGGCCCAAGGACAGUCAACUAUUUGUGUGUACACAGAUUUGCUACAUAUCAUAACUUGAGGGUCAGCAAAACCUUCAGUAGCUUUCCAGACUGGUUGGAUAUGGCGGGAUUGCCCUUUAUUGGUCAGCUUCUUUUAUACAUCUAUAAUUUGAUUUCCCUACACGCCCACCCAACACACACAUAUUUGCUGAGUUAGAGAUUAGAAUCUUUCUUUGCUUUUUUUAAAAUACUGCUUACGUGUCAGUUAUAAAUAAGGAUUCUAGAGCAAACUAAGGAGAUGGAUAAACAUUAAGAGGAAUCAGUGAAAGGACAUUUUACAAACAGAAGUUGAGAUAAGCAGUG